AUGCAAGACACGAAGUACGAGACCAACAUCAUCCAGCAGCAGCUCGUAAUCAAGCUCUCGUACGGUCCCGAGGAGUUGCGCAUCGUAACUCUCGAGCAGCCCUCCUUCGACCUCCUGGAGAAGAAGGUGGCCACCGUGCUGGGCCUCACCGCGGGCAGCUUCGCCCUCCGCUACUUCGACGAGGAGAAGGACCUCAUCACCGCCUCCUCCGACGAGGAGCUCCAGCUGGCCAUCAACUACGCCGCGCCCUCGGGUGUACUUCGCCUCCAGGUCGCCCCUCGCCAGGCCCAGCCCGGCGAGAAGAGGAGGCGCAGCAGCAAGCACUCCUCGUCGGACCUCGAGGCCGACGUGGACCAGCAGGCCGUGGCGUUCCUGGUCGAGCAGGUGCGCGAGCAGCACGCGAGGGAGGUGAAGCCCAAGAAGUGCGCCAAGUUCCUCCGCAGGACCAACGGCGACGUGGCGCUGGCCCUGGCGGCCCUCGACGCCUGGUGCCUCAAGCGCGUGGCCAAGGAGCUCAAGAAGAAGGAGAAGAAGGCCCUCAAGCACGGUAAGGGUAAGGAAGUCGCGGUCGACCAGGACACCAAGCGCGGCGACGAUGAAGCCGAGGCCAUGACCGAGGAGGAGUCACCCGAGCUCAAGGAGAAGCUCGACCAGCUCGAGGCCAAGGGCUACCCGAAGAGGAAGAAGAACGCCAAGCUGCUGGACAAGUGCGGCGGCGACGUCGAGAAGUUCCUCGAGGUGCACCUGAACAAGGAGGCCAAGCGGGAGGCCAAGCAGGAGUGGAAGCGCUCCAAGAAGUCGAGGAAGUGCGACAAGAAGGCCCACAAGCGCGAGCACAAGCUCGAGAGGAAGGGCAGCAAGGCCGCCUUCAAGCACCACAAGAAGCAGGCCAAGCACGAGGCCAAGCGUCUCAAGCAACAGUACCGCGUCGGCUAUCAGGAGCUCUCCGUCGCCCCGUCGUCGCCCAUGCCCAUCGUUGGCGCCUGA